AUGUCUACGACCCAAGCUGGCAUCUUCUCUACUUUGCGGCCCUUUGGUCUCCCACCCGCUCCCAUUCUCUCCCUAAUACUGACCUACGGUCUCAACUUUGUGGCUACUCCUCGGCAGUACUAUGGUCCUCUCCUUGGGAAGAACAACGACGACCCGGCGAGCCUUCUCUCUCGUGCAGAACAUGAGAAAGGGGUGGUCCCCCCAGAGAAGCUCGUCAAAAUUACCAGAGCCAAAGGAGCCGCUGCUAAUCUGGCAGAAAACAUGCCCUUAUACGUAGUGGCGAGUCUCGUCAGUUGGUUGGCUGGAGUGAAGCCUGAAUAUCAGAACGCCUACCAUAGUGUGUGGUUCCUCUGUCGUGUCGCCUAUAAGUGGGCGUAUCUACAAGGGAACGGCACGCUUAGAUCUAUAUUCUUCUUUUCGGCUUCCGUCUCCACGUUCGUGAUGCUGAUCCACGGUGGGAACUUGCUAGCCACGAAGUACUGA